AAGUUCCCUUAUUUAUACCCCAUAUCCUCAUUUUCUGUCUCUCUGAAGUCUUGAAUUUCUGAACAUAGAACAACUCUUCACACAACACAACUUUUUCUAGCAUUGUAGCAUCAUGACUGGCAAAGACAUCCUCCAUAUAAUGAAGGUGAAAGCAGGGUUUGCACCACCAGACACAGGGAAAGGAAAAGGCAAAAUAUCAAAACACAUCACACAUGGCUUUCACUUGAUGAAGGGCAAAUCGGCACAUCCUAUGGAAGAUUAUUUAGUUUCGGAAUUUAAGCAAGAAAAGGAUAGAGAAUUAGGCUUGUUUGCAAUAUUUGAUGGCCACUUAGGCCAUGAUGUUGCCAGCUAUUUGCAGAACCACCUUUUCCAAAACAUCUUGAAAGAGCAUGACUUUUGGACUGAGACAGAAAGCGCGGUGAAGAGAGCUUACCUUGAAACAGAUGAGAAAAUAUUGGAACAAGCACUUGUGUUGGGGCGAGGAGGGUCAACAGCUGUGACUGCAAUACUUAUUGAUGGUCAGAAGCUUAUAGUAGCAAAUGUUGGUGACUCAAGAGCUGUUAUUUGUGAGAAUGGAAAGGCAAGACAACUAUCUGUGGAUCAUGAACCAAGCAAGGAAAAAAAAUGGAUUGAGAGGCGUGGCGGGUUUGUAUCAAAAAUUCCAGGAGAUGUCCCUCGAGUAGAUGGACAGCUGGCAGUAGCAAGGGCUUUUGGUGACAGGAGCCUGAAGAUGCAUCUUAGUUCAGAACCUGAUGUGCUUGUAGAGGAAGUAGAUCCACAUACAGAGUUUCUUAUUCUGGCUAGUGAUGGAAUAUGGAAGGUUAUGUCAAACGAAGAAGCAGUGGAAUCUAUUCGACAAAUAAAGGAUGCUCAAGCUGCAGCAAAGCACUUGAUAGAAGAGGCAGUUUCCAGGAAAAGCAAGGAUGAUAUAUCUUGCAUAGUUGUAAGGUUCUAAUGACAUGUUUUUUAUGGAUAAGCAGAGGAAUCCUUUCCCAAACCAAGAUUGAAGGCCCUGGUGGACAUUUAGAAUUUUAGAUGAUCAGAUGAACUUCAUCAUGUUCUUUCUUAGCUAAAAUGCCUGCAGAAACUCACAAGCUAGCACUGAUUGCAUGUAUAAAUGAUUCAAUAAUAACUUUUAUUUUUUUAAAUGAGAUUUUUUAAAUUGUUUGCAUCUUACUGAAUAGUUGUUGUUUUUCA